AUGGCCCAGGCAGUUGAUUGUCCCAAGCCGCAGAAAACGAGAGAGGCAAAAGGGUUUGGUGCCCCAACGGUGCUGGGAAAAGAUGCAUAUUUGAUUUUUUUUUUUUUAAAAAAAGCAUUUUUAUCUUUAACCCAACAACGCCCGGUGCUUGCAGGUGUCUGGCGCGGAGAGCACGCCGAGGUGUGCACGCCCCUCUCCCGACGUCUCUGCAAGAGAAUCAGCAAGGACGAGUCUGCGGAGCUGGGGAGCCUCCCCUCCCGCGCCCAGCAACGAGGUCUCCUCCUAAUUGGCCCGGCAGCUUCACCCGGGGAGGGAAAACGGGAGCGCCGUCAGAACUGGAACACCCAACACCGCCAGCCGCCGCCGCCGCCGCCGCAGCGAAAGGGGCAGGAGGGAAGCGCAGGCACCGCGGCCCCCUUUCCACAGCGCCAGCCCUUGGCUUGGCUUGGCUUGGCUGCCUUCCCGGCUGGGCAGGGCGAGGAAACCGGCCACCCUCGGCGGACGGAGGAGCCGCACCAGCCUUGCGGAGAGCGCUGGGACACGCUGGGGUCGGCGGCUCAAGAAGAGCUCCUUGGAAGGAGCCGCACGCCCGAAGGAGAAGCGGGGGGGGAAAGGCGCAGCGAGGCGCGCGUCCGCAGACCCUGCUUGCCUGCCUGCCUGCUUGCGGGUCCGUGCUAG